GUCAUUUCCAUUGUUUUGUUGUUACUAUGGUACUUUAAUUAUGCCUUCAGCUACAGAAACCAUCUUUGCCGUCAUAUCUGUCAAAUUUUCCGUUAGAAAUGAUAACAUGGCAUUGAUAAGUUCUACUUAACAUGGGCAAAAAUGUAUUUUUGCACAAAAUUUUAAAAAAUAAAAUAAAAUAAUCAUAUAUAUAUAUAUAUAUCUCUCUCUCCAGCUCAAUUCCUCCCCCCCUCCCAAUUAGGUCGGAGGUUCACUCUCAACUAAGUAAAAUUUCUAAAGCUUCCUCCCAAUAUCCAUUUGAACUGCAAAACACCAUAUAUGCAAAAAGAAUCCGGUAACAACCCAUCCAUUCGUAACCUAUAGAGGCCAAGGAAGGGAUUUUGGAGGAGGUUGGUGGUGGGCUGUGUAGCUAAAGCCAUGUUUAAAUGAUUGGUGGGGGCUGUGAAGAAAUUGGUGGGCGGGAGAAGAAAUAUGGGUGAGAAGGGGCCUUGAAAAAUGGUGUAUUUUGAUCAAAAACCAAUGCAAUAAGAAUAUAUGAAAAUGGGACAGACAAUGCAAGCGGCCCACCUAGAUACCCAUCAACCCUCUGCUUCUUUGUUUUGAUCAGAUCUGGGGUAGAGGAUGAGGCCUCGGGUUUUAGGUUCGUGGGUGCUGGGGUUGCGACUAUGGUAGAGGGUGGUUGUGGGAUAGUUUGAGGGUUGGAGCUUGCAAGUGGCAAUCAUGGGGAAUGGGGGAAGAGGGAAGAGUGCACAGGAGGGGAAGAGAGAGAGAGAGAGAGAGAGAGAAAUUUUUUUUUUUUGAAUUUCCUAAUUUACCUUUAAUUUUGACAGAAAAUUUAACUAAGUUGACGGAAAAAUCAAUUAUGCAACAUGAGAGCUAAUUGAAGUACCACGGUAACAACAAAAUAAUAAAAGGGACGAAAAGUAAAGUUUAGUCUUAGUCCAAUGACCAUUGCUACAAUUUAGCCUAUAUAUAUAAACAGUAUUGGAGGGGUAAGAAAUCAAACUUAGGUCCUCAAGUAUAUUGAUAAAUGCUCUUAAACGCUUAAAUAAUAAGCGAAGCGACCAAUAAAUGCUUUUAAACGCUCAAACUACAAGCGACGAUGAACUGACUUAAGUAGAGAGAACAAAGAAAUACAACAUAUGAGCAAUGAAAAAAAAAAAAAAAAAAAGGGGAAAACCAUUGUAUUGCAAACAUUAUGAACAUUUUUAUAAACACCACUGUGCAACUGUAGUUCCAAACCCAAAAGGAAUAUUUUUAUUGAGAAAAGAAAGAUGAGAGAGAAAGAAGCAUUGGGGAAAGGAAGCCUAGAGAGAAAGAGAUGAAAAGGGAAGGAGAAAGUGGGGAAGGGGGAGCAGAAAAGGAGGAAAAUUUGGGAGAAAAGUUGAGGAGGAGGAGAGGGAAAAGCAGAAGUGGCCCAAGUACUCCAGUAGUGUCCUCAUGGAGACUUUGCCCUUUUGGCCAUAAUACCAUCAUUAAAGACCCUCACCUUACCAGUAACACUACCACCUCCUCUGUCUCAGCUAGAAAGCUAGCUGCUGCUCUUUGGGAGUUUCAAAACUACCACUAUCUUCCCCUCUCAAAGAUGCACAGAGCUCCUCACAAUAAUGGUGGUCCUGCUGCUCCACCUCCUAGGUUGAGACAUCUUCAGCUCCACCACCACCUCAGCAAAGACAAGGGUCUUGAUCUGUCUGACUUUUUGGCUGAUAAUUCUCCCAGUUCUCCUGACCAGCCAGAAAGUGCAAGCAGUUUGCGGAGGCAUAUUGCUGCAUCAUUGAUGCAACACCAUCGAACCAUUGAAAGAAACAAGUUGAACAAUCACAUCUUGCAGCCUGUAUCUCCUGCAAGCUAUGGUAGUUCCAUGGAGGUGGCUCCUUAUGACCCUGCAGUCACUCCUAGCAGUUCUUUAGACUUUAAGGGACGGAUUGGUGGAUCACAUUAUAAUCUUAAAGCAUCUACGGAACUUCUGAAAGUCUUGAACCGAAUUUGGAGCUUGGAGGAACAGCAUACCUCCAAUGUAGCAUUAAUAAAAGCGUUGAAAGCAGAGUUGGAUCAUGCCCGUGUCAAGAUCAAAGAGUUGGUUCGGGUGCGGCAAGCUGAUCGACAUGAGCUAGAUGAUUUGAUGAAGCAAAUUGGAGAAGAUAAACUAGUUAGGAAGAGCAAAGAACAGGAUCGAAUCCAUGCUGCAGUUCAAUCUGUGAGGGAUGAGCUAGAGGAUGAGAGGAAGUUAAGAAAACGAUCAGAAAGCCUACACAGGAAGUUAGCGCGGGAGCUUUCUGAGCUGAAAUCUUCUCUUUCCAAUUCUGUGAAAGAGCUUGAAGGAGAGAGAAAAUCAAGGAAGUUGUUGGAAGAUCUAUGUGAUGAGUUUGCUAAGGGAAUAAAAGAAUAUGAACAAGAGGUGCAUUUUUUAAAACAGAAAUCUGACAAAGAUUGGACUGGAAGAUCUGAUCGUGAUCGAUUGAUUCUCCAUGUUUCUGAAUCAUGGAUGGAUGAACGGAUGCAGAUGCAGCUAGAAGAAGCCGAGUGUGGUUUUUCUGGAAAGAACUCAAUAGUGGAUAAAUUAAGCCUUGAAAUAGAGACCUUCCUUAGAGCUAAACAUAUGAGCACUCUUAAGAAUACUGAAAACUUGUUGCCAAGGGAUCGUAAGAACUCACUGGAAUCUGCCCCUCUGAAUGAGGCUGUGAGUGCGCCUCAAGACGUGGGUGGAGAAGAUGAUUCUUUAGGCAGUGAUUCAAAUUGUUUUGAGCUCAAUAAGCCAACCAACAGUGACUUCAAAUUGCAUGGGGAUGAAGCUGUGGAUAAUCAUAUUGAUGAAAAGUUGAAAUUGGAACCCUCAAAGAAAAAACCUGAAAGGGUAAGAAGCCGUACUCCCUCCAGCUUGCAAGUUAAGUUUGAAGAACAGAUGGCUUGGGCCAUGUCGUGCAAUGAAAAUGAUAAGUCCCAGAUGGUAAAUAAAGAGCAGGGGAAAACAGAAGAAGGGAAGCCAACCGAAAUAAGCAUACCCCAAAAGUCUGAACAUUGUGAAGCCACAGAAGACGAGACUUACAGAAAAGGAAAUAAACAAGAUGAAAGCCAGGUUUCCAAUUCGAAUCACAUGGUUGAAAACCGUAUAAGAAGUCAACUUUUGAUGUCAGAUGUUGGGCAUGUACAUUCUGAAAAUAACUACAAUGAGGCUUCCUGCAGUAAUACUGGAUGGAGGAACCAGCCAAGUCCAGGAAGACAGUGGAUGGCACGACUGGCAUCCCCUGUUCGUGACAUGCCCGAAUCUUCUUCAAAGUUGCCCCUGCGGACAAGGGAGAACACCUUGAAGGCAAAGCUUCUUGAAGCAAGGUCAAGGGGACAACGGCCGCGUUCGAAAGCUUCCAAAAACACCUCUUGAUCUUCUUAGGAGAUGUUGGCUUGAACACUCUGAAAGGGUUUGCUGAUCCUGCAUUGCCUGCUGGUUGUGGGGAUUUGCUUCUUGUGAAUAUUUCCGUGACACAGUCUUUUGAUAUGGAUAUCUUUGUCCUCACUCACUGGAGUUCUGUUUCUCUCUCUGUGGUAGGUUUUCAAAGAGAAGUCUGUAUACGAGUGUAAUGUUAAAACGUUCCAUAGCCUACACAGAUCAUAAAGAGUUGAAGACCAACAACAAUUUUGAGCCAUGCUUUCUGGCCGUAUAAUGUGCCAUGUAAUGUAGGUUGGGAAAGAAAGUUAAGAAAGUUGAGGAAAGAAAAUCAUAGGUCUCUUUCUUUAGUGGUACUUUUUUUCUUCAUGUUGGAAGAGGUUCUAAGUUGAAUCCUCUUCCGGUGAUUAUAAAAAAGCCCUAAAUUGUAUGUUUAAUAAGUUUUUUGAACUCACAUUAUGGAAUCACUUGAAGUUAAACUAACAUGUAAAAAAUUGCCAA